AUGGCAACUUCCGACCUGAAAUCCAACAGUAGUGGGGAUGCCCAAAAAGCGAUCGGUGUCGAGACGCAAAAUGCACCCCCAGAUGGACCCGUCAUCGUCGCGGAUAAGCUUGCGCGCAAGCUAUCGGCCCGUCAAGUGCAAAUGAUUGCAAUCGGAGGUACGAUUGGCACGGGAUUGUUCCUGGGGACGGGAAGGUCGCUGUCCACGGCUGGGCCUGCAUCUAUGCUCAUUUCAUAUGCGCUUGUGGGUGCCAUCGUAUUUAUAACCAUGCUGUCGCUUGGUGAGAUGGCAGCUUUUGUGCCCAUCGCUGGAUCAUUUUGCACAUAUGCUGGUCGAUUUGUUGAUGACGCCUUCGGGUUUGCUCUUACGUGGAACUACUGGCUUAACGACGCUGUGGCUACGGCAGCGGACCUCGUCGCGCUUCAGAUUCUACUGAAGUACUGGUCCGAUAACUUUCCUGGCUGGGCAUUCAGUUUGAUUUUUCUCUUUGUCCUCAUCGGGCUCAAUAUCGUCACUGUUCGAGCGUACGGAGAGAUCGAAUAUUGGCUCAGUCUCCUGAAAGUUGUCACUAUUGUCAUAUUCAUUAUACUUGGAGUUGCAGUUAACUGCGGCGGCAAUGUUGAUAGGCAGUACAUAGGAGGGAGGAAUUGGCGUAUCGGCGAUGCCCCCUUCGUCGGUGGAAUAGGCGGCUUUGCCUCCGUUUUCGUCACGGCUGCAUUCGCCUACGGGGGAACCGAAUCUAUCGCAGUCACUGCAGGGGAGACCCGAAACCCCGCCGUCACCCUUCCGAGAGUGGUCCGCAACGUUUUCUGGCGUAUAUUAAUAUUCUACAUCCUGGGCGUGCUAAUUAUCGGCCUAAACGUCCCAUACACAUAUCCCAAUCUCGCAAACAGGGAUACGCAAACCAGCCCCUUUACCAUUGUUUUCCAACAGGCCGGAAGCAGGGUAGCCGGCAGCUUCAUAAAUGCGGUAAUUAUGACGUCCGUUAUCUCUGCUGGUAAUCAUGCUUUGUUCGCUGGCUCUCGACUUAUGUACUCCCUGGCUGUGGAUCGCCAUGCUCCGGCCUUUUUGGGCAAAUUAAAUCGACAUCGCGUUCCGUGGGUUGCAGUGCUUGCCACCUCCGUUAUCAGCGGGCUCUGCUUUGGAUCUAGUUAUAUAGGCGCUGGGCAGCUAUGGACCUGGCUACAAAACAUCGUUGGUGUUUCCAAUCAAAUCUCCUGGAUGUCGAUUGGCAUUGCCUCUAUCCGAUUCCGCGCCGCCAUCAAGCGGCAAAACCUGGAGCAUUUCCUCCCCUUCAAAAAUUGGACAUACCCAUUUGGGCCGUACGCAUCGGUAAUUCUUAACGCCUUCAUCAUUCUUGUGCAGGGCUGGUCUUCGUUCAGCCCCCGAUUCAAAGCAGUUGAUUUUGUUAGCUUAUACAUCCAGAUACCUGUCAUGAUCGUAAUGAUUGCGGCAUGGAAAUUGAUUAAGCGGACCAAGUUUGUUCCGCUGGAUGAGAUGGACCUACUCACUGACCGAUACGAUGGUGGUGUUGAAGGAGAGGCUGCUGCGGAACUGCGGAAGAGGAAGCGAUUUAGAGACCAGUCCUCCCAGGAGAAGGCCAAGACGGUUGGAAUGUGGUUGUUCCUAUGA